CCUUCGCGCUGCUUCCCACCUCUCUCUCUCUCCCGAUCUCUCACCGCGUUCGCUUCCUCUCUCUCUCUCUCUCCAGUCUCCACCCGUCGCCGGCGAGGCCGUUCCGCCCCCCGACCCAUGGACGGCAUCGAGGGCCUCCUGGCGCGCGACUUCGGCGUGCGGCCGCAGGGCAAGGCGGCGCCCAUGGCCGCCUCCUCCCAGGCCGCUGGAUCCGCCGCCGCCGCCGCCUGGACCAACCCCAGAUCUGCCCCGGCCUCCGCGGCACCGUCCUAUGACGACCACUUCGGCGCCCCAGCCCCGGCCUCCUCCUUCGACUCGCUCUUCGACUCGUUCAGGGGCACUACUACCGCCAGCUCCUCGUCGGCGGCGGCGGCAGCGAGGGCCAAGCCGGUUCCUUCCGCGGCGCCGGCGUACGAUGACGACAUCUUCGACGCAGUCCCCGGGCUGAGGUCAUCCAACUCUAACACGUCCUCGUCCGGCGCGCGGUACGACGACGGCGUGUUCGGGGCGGCGGCCCCCGCGUACGACAACGUGUUCGCUAGCAACCGCUCCGCGCCGCCGCCGGCGUACGACGAUUUCCUCGGAGGGUUCGGGAGCGGGCCGCGGGCGGAGGAGAAGAAGAGGUCGGUGGAUUUUGACGCCGACGGCGACGACCUGCUUCUUGGGGGCUUUGGGAGGAGUCCAACAGAGGAGAAGAGGAAGCCGGCGGCGGAGGCGGAGGAAACGGGGGGUACCGGGUUCGAUGAUCUGAUCCCGGGGUUCGCGGGGAGCAGCCCGCCGAGGAUUAGGAAGGCUAAUGAUGAUAACAAAAAGAAGCCAGCAGUUCCAACUUCUAAACCAACAGCUAGCAUGGCAGAUGACCCAUUUGUUGUUCUAGAAAGAGCUUCCACUUCAGGUUCUGCAUAUACAUCCCCAGGGAGAUCCACAGAUCCCUUGGAAGAUCUGGAUAAGUCUGCAAACUCUGAAGGCAAGAAUGUCAACAAUACUGAUGCUGAUGAUAGUUUAUUCGAGGAUACAAGUGCUUUUGACCAGGUCCCAGGAUCAGAUCCUUUGUUUACCUCUGAAAUCAAUGGUCAUACCAAGGACAGUAACCCGUCAAGCGUAGCCCAAGAUUCCAGCCCUGUACAGCAUUCAGUGAAUGGAAAUCCAGCACGCAAAUUUUCUAUGGAGGACCUUGGAAAUGUCAUGCCUAAGUCACAGUCUGCAAGGUAUUCUGAUAUUCGAGGUGAUGAUACGGAUCAGUCACCAAGAUCUACUGAAUCUGAAGAUGAUGUAUGGCUUACAGUUUCUGAGAUUCCCCUCUUCACACGGCCAACUAGUGCUCCGCCACCUUCCAGAUCACCACCUCUUCUUAAACAGAAACCACUGGGAGCAAAUGCAAAUAGAAAGAAGAAUGAGCAUGUUCGUCGGUCUAGCCAAAAUCACAAUCAUUACACAGAUUUACCAAAGCAAGCAGAGGUUUCUUCAAUGGAUGAUCUGGAAGGUUUUGCCAUGGGCAAAUCUCACAUGCCUGCUUAUGACAACAAUGUUUUUGAUGAAGAGUUUGAAAGAAAUUCAUCAGAUCGUGAAGAGAAAGACAGGCAGGAAAGAUUGGAACAAGAACGAGAAAUGAGACUGAGGGAGGAAAUGGAGAGAGAACAGCGAAGACUUGAAAAGGAGAGGGAACUGGAGCAGCAGAGAGAGAGAGAGAGAGGAAGACAAGCAGUGGAGAGGGCUACAAAGGAGGCACGGGAGAGAGCAGCUUCUGAAGCUUGUGCAAAAGCUGAAAGGGAGGCUUGCCAGCGUGCACAGCGUGCUGCUGUGCAAAGGGCCACACAGGAAGCCCGUGGGAGGGCUGCAACUGAGGCCAAAGAAAGAGCUGCUAGGGUUGCUGCAGAAGCAAGGGAGAGAGCUGCUGCUGAAGCCAAGGAGAGGGCCGCUGCUGAAGCCAAGGAGAGGGAGAAGGUUGCUGCUAAGGAGAGGGCUGCAGCAGAAAGAGCUGCUGCUGAGAGAGUUCAGCAAGAAGCAAGGAAGAGAGCUGAACGAGCUGCAGUGGAAAGAGCUGCUGCUGAGGCUCGAGAAAGGCAGGCAGCAGCAGCUGCUGCUGCUGCAAGAGAAAAACAGAGCACGCCAGAUGAUCUUGAGUCAUUCUUUGGUGUGGAUGCUCGUGCCAAUAGUGCACCAAAGCAGAGGGCUCCAACCCCAACAGUGGAUUCUAUGUUUGCUUCUGGAGCUCAAGGUAGAGGAAUUGUUAACGGAUCACAAAGAGCAACAUCAACCUCAGCAUCUGUGAGAAAAGCGCCAUCAGCCACAGGUUUUGGGGAUGAUCUGUCUGACUUAUUUGGGGCCCCUGCAUCAUCGGACGUAUUUCAAGAAGUUGAAGGGGAGAGUGAAGAAAGAAGACGAGCUAGGUUAGAACGUCAUCAGAGGACCCGUGAACGGACGGCGAAAGCUCUGGCUGAGAAGAAUGAACGAGAUAUGCAGGUCCAGAGGGAUCAGGCGGAGAGAGAUAGAAUUGGAGACACACUAGACUUUGAAAUUAAGAGGUGGUCUGCUGGAAAAGAGGGCAACUUGCGUGCUUUGUUAUCAACUUUACAAUACAUACUUUGGCCAGAAUGUGGAUGGCAAGUUGUAUCCUUGACCGAUCUGAUCACUGGUGCUGCUGUUAAAAAGCAGUACAGAAAGGCAACAUUAUGCAUCCAUCCUGAUAAGGUGCAACAGAAGGGUGCAACUCUUCAGCAGAAAUAUAUUGCCGAGAAAGUCUUUGAUAUUCUUAAGGAAGCAUGGAACAAAUUCAACUCGGAAGAGCUCUUUUGAAGCACUCUCUGUGACUGUGAAUAUAUAUAAGCUUAACUGUAUAUCCACAGGAAGCACUGGAAGCAAGACACAAAUGAACAAUGUGAAACCUCCACUAAAAUUACCAUUGCUUAACAUAGUCUGUUCAAUUGCUCGUCCCUUCUACUCUGUUCUGUCCUCAUUUGUAUGUGUUCAGUCCAUGGUACUUCCACUACCACUUAAAUGUAUAUGUAGCCUUCUGUUCAUUUGAGGACUGAUGGCAUGCUCUUUCUUUUGGGGUAGUUUUUACAGGGUGAUUUACCUUAUACAACCAAGAUCACAUUGUAUUCUUUUCCGUUACUAUCUUGUGUACAAUGGACCACAGAAAGUCAAGCUACACUUGCUGCCUACCGUUGGUUUUACCGAAAGAGAUGUACACUGUACAGAUUGUGUUAUUGAUUUGAAAUUUCAUUUGGUUUACUCUGA